UGCAUCCAACGGAGGUGGAACUUUGAUCAGGCCCACUCUCGUUGCCUAAAUGGGCUUGUACGUGGGGCUUGUACGUGGGUACCAGCUGCUUCAUUCACCAGCAUCCAUCCAUUAAUACUAUAUAUUAUUAUUAUAUUGGCCAUCUUAAUUUCUUCUUGUUUAAUUUAUUUAUUUGUUAUCCACUCACAGUGAGUACAGUUUUGAAUCUAUAGUAGGGCAGCAAAAUGAGCAUGGUUAUUAAUAUUGGCUCCUUGUCGGGAUUAAUGCAAAUAUUCCACCAUCAUAAUAUAAAUCCACUGCAUGCUUCUGCUUCUGCUUCUGAUUCUGCUCACAUGAACAGACGACGAAGCACCAAAAAGGUGAAAGCUUUGUUUCAGUCUGAACCAGCUGCAGCUGAUUCCCAUAACAAACCAGACGAAGAAGAUGAAGAAGAAGAAGAAGAAUUCCAUGUGCUGACGUCAGUUCAAACCUCUUACAACCAAAUUGUGAUCCUUGACACUCCCAAUUCAAGGCUCCUUCUUCUCGAUUCCACCCAUAAUGUUCACAGCAUGCUUAAUAAAUCAAUUAGUAAAUGGACCGGUUCUUGUUGGGAUGAGUUUGCUGUAUUGCCGCCUGUGGUUCCAAAGGGCCCUAUUGCAAUCUUUGGCUUGGGUGGAGGAACAGCUGCACAUUUGAUACUUCAAUUGUGGCCUUCGUUGCAGCUCGAAGGCUGGGAGAUAGACGGAAUUUUAAUAGAUAAAUCAAGAGACUAUCUUGGGCUGUGUGAUAUCGAGAAGCGCAAUACGGAUGGUGGAAUACUUAAUAUUCACAUUGGUGAUGUAUUCUCUCCAGAUGCUGUUAUUAACGGAGGAUAUGCUGGAAUCAUUGUUGAUUUGUUCGCAGGCGGAAAUGUUGUGCCACAGUUAGAACAGGCCACUACUUUGUUGGAACUCAAUGAUAAAUUGAUGCCUAACGGACGUCUCAUGGUCAACUGUGGUGCUGGUGAAGAUAUGAAUGAUGUUACAUCAAUGGAUGACACUAAUUGGAGAUUAAAUGCUACCAUUAGAGCCCUAUGCCAAGCAUUUCCUGGACAAGUAAACUGGAAAAAGAUGGCAAAGAGUGCAGGCGAAAACUAUCUGGCUUUGACGGGACCUUUGCCAGAUUUGAAUACCUGGUCAGCUGAUCUCCCUAAUGAACUGAACUCAGGUGUCAAUCAGUGGCGGACAUGUAAUUAAUUACAACAGUUUUGAUUGGUAUACACUCAAGUUUAAUAAGCUGUUACCAGUACUUUGUUAGUAUACACUCAUUUCUUUGUUGUAGCUCUCCACAAGUAAAUUUUCUGUUUACAACUUAACUGUCAUUAUUUUUAUUUAAUCAUUCUUGAAAUGGUUU